AUGACCAGUCAAAGCGACACGUCAAAAUCAUUCAACAUCUUGGAACAGCUUGAUGGUGCGGCAGCCGGCCAUGACAUGACCCCAUCGUGGGAUCGGAGGAAGUCCAACUCAACCUUCCAAUCCAGCGCUGUCGAUGAAGCGAUGGCGGGGCGGAAGGCGAAGCCAGACAGGCGGCCGUAUGAAGGCCAACAUGAGCUGUUGGAGUUGUCAUCGUCGGGCAUCCUGUGCAUCAAGUUAUACGGCCGACCGGAAGGGCGUUUGAGGUGUGAGGCAGGGCUAGAAGCGCCAAGGAGUGCCCCCGGUCGUUUCUACGCGGCUAUUUCAUCGUAUUAA